AGUAUGGAGAAGAAAAAAAUAAAGUAGAAACUGUAUUUACAUUUUAGCAGAAUCUCUUGUCCAGAGCAACUUACAGUAGUGAGUGCAUAUACUGGUCCAGCAUUAGGAAUCGAAACCCAUAACCCUGGCGUUAAGCACCAUGCUCUACCAACUGAGCCACACUGUAUGAACUCAUUACUGUAAGUCGCUCUAGGUAAGAACAUCUGCUAAUUGACUAAAAUGUAAAAAUGUCAUGAUUAGCCGUGCCUGAAGACUUGUUAGCUCCUUGUGCUAUGGCCUGUAGCUCAGUGGGCUAAUAAAACCUGUUUUCUCCAUGUGCUGCUGAUUCAGGCAUAAGGGCAUAGUGCCCUUAUGCUUGAGGUGAUUUGGGAAUCUUGAUAAAGUGGAUUUACGAUCAAAGGUGUGUCGCAUGGCCAGUUAAUGACGUUGUUUGAGUGAAUGAGGUUUCACUAAACAUUGCAUAAUCAGUGGAGUUGAUAGAUAGGCACCUUGAGGCUGCCUCAUGAACAACUUGUCCCACUAUUAUGUUUGGGUCAAGAGGUUGCCUCAGUCAGAUCAUAUUUAAGAGCAAUUUCUAUGAAUGAAACUAGGAAAUAUCAUGUUAAAAAUAAAAUUAUAUUAUUCCAUGAGACAAAGUUAAACAUCUAUUUCAAAUGGAUGAGCCAAUAAUGAGGCAGAUAACAGAACGAGGACAUUAACAUAUAAGCUAGGCCUACGUCAAAAAAUAAGAGGACAGUCCGAUUGUAAAGGUCUGUUUAGGCCUACACGGGGAACUCCUGAUCCACCCUGUGUCUUCUACAGAGCUGAUGAAAGAGACGUGGCCUGAAGUGCCCUAAUACUCUUACCAACUUGGCUUGAACUUUGCACGUUAGAUUCGUGUCACCGGGGUCAGACCAGCCAGCAACAUGCAAACUUUAAAACUCCCUCACAGAUUGCAGAAGUGUAACACUGACAGGGUUGGAGGACGACCAGGUUGACGAGGUACCAGUCGACAGGUAAACAAGGCAACAGAACAUCCAGCAUGGUGGGAAGGAGACGCGGCUCCAGAGCCACCAGGGGGUCCCAGAAGCCCCAACAGCAAAGCACAGGGGGACCCCGCAAGAGGCUGAGAGAGCCAGCAUUAUUUGCCAAGGAAGCAGGAUAUGAGUCGGAGGUCCCUCAUGAAAAGCUGACCAUCGCCCAAGCCAAGAGAGGCACACCAGCAAUCCGACCGGUCCGAGUCUAUGCUGAUGGGAUCUUUGACCUCUUCCACUCUGGACAUGCUCGCGCUCUGAUGCAAGCCAAGAACCUGUUCCCCAACACACAUCUCAUAGUGGGAGUCUGCAGUGAUGAUCUCACACACCGGUAUAAGGGCUACACGGUGAUGACAGAGUCUGAGCGCUACGAAGCCCUGAUACACUGUCGCUAUGUGGAUGAGGUGGUACGGGACGCUCCCUGGACCCUCAGCCCUGACUUCCUGAAGAAACAUAAGAUUGACUUUGUAGCGCAUGAUGAUAUCCCAUACACCUCUGCUGGAUCAGAGGAUGUCUACAAACACAUCAAGGAAGCAGGGAUGUUCGUGGCCACACAGAGGACAGACGGCAUCUCUACAUCUGACCUCAUCACCAGGAUAGUGAGAGACUACGACCUCUAUGUCCGACGCAACCUGCAGAGAGGCUACACAGCCAGUGACCUCAACGUUAGCUUCAUCAGGGAGAAGAAAAUCCGUCUUCAAAACCAGGUGGAUCGUAUGAAGGAGACGGUAAAGACAGUAGAGGAGAAGUCCAAGCACUUUGUGCACUCGGUGGAAGAGAAGAGCCAAGACCUCAUCCACAAGUGGGAGGAGAAGUCUCGGGAGUUCAUUAGUAAUUUCCUGGAGUCGUUUGGUCCAGGUGGAGCGUGGCAUGUGAUCCAGGAGAAAAGUGGUCGCAUGCUCCAGGCUCUGUCACCCUACACAUCGCCCGUCGCCUCGCCCCGUGGCUCCCCCAGCAGCAGCCCCACCAGAGGGCGCUCCCCAUCGCCUCCCUCCCCUCAAUCCCCUCGUUCUCCUCGUUCCUCCGCCACCUACCCCAAGGGUGCCUCUGCCCAUCCCUCAACUUCCCUCAGCAGCAUGAGUGAGGGGGAUGACGACGAGAAAGAGACAGCACUGUCCCUCAAACACUCAGUGUACAGGUAACUGCCGAAAUAAAGGAAACACUUGAAGAAACACUUAACUAAAUGAGAGAUACAGGACAAGGGAAGCUUGGUCUUUACAUCCUCAAAGACAUGCUUCUGUCAGCUGUAACUAUUUUGAAUGUGUCAAUAAUCAUGUGUAUUUAAAAACAUAGACAAAGAUAGAUUCAGAUUUUUGACUUUGUAGACGUAACUGCCAAAAUAAAGGAAACAUUUGAGUAAAUGAGGGAUACAACGUAUAUUGAAAGCAGGUGCUUCCACACAGGUGUGGUUCCUGAGUAUAUUAAACAAUUAGCAUCCCAUCAUGCUUAGGGUAAUGUAUAAAAAUUCCCAGUUGCCCAUUAUGUUGGCUAACAUGGCUAGAAGAAAAGAUUUCAGUGACUUUGAAAGAGGAGACUCAAAGUAGCAUAGAGGGUUUAAAUGGUGUGUGGGUGUGUCUCAGUCAUCUGAUCUCAAACCAAUUGAACACUUAUGGGAGAUUCUGGAGCGGCGCCUGAGACAGUUUUCCACCACCAUCAAC